AUGUCGGUGUUCCGCAAGGUCCCAGAUAAAGAUUUGUUUGUGUCGGAGCCAAACCCCAUGUGGUUCGGCAACCCCUCCAACGAGGCUCUUCCUACCUGGACCAACAAGAACUGGCUCAAGUCUCGCUUUCACUUCUCCUUUGCCGAAUACUCCAACUCCAAGAACAGCAACUUUGGAGUUCUCCGAGUUAUGAACGACGACCUCGUACAGGUCGGCUGCUAA